UUCCAGCCAGCUAUGCCCCUGCUGCCCAGCACCGUGGGCCUGGCAGGCCUACUCUUCUGGGGAGGCCAGACAGUGAAUGCCUUGAUGCCCAAUGCCACCCUGGCACUGGCCCAGACCGAGGGCACAGCUGUGUGGCCUCUGAGUGGCCUGGGGGUGCCCCGGUACCGGCGGAAGCGCCACAUCUCUGCUGGGGACAUGAGUGCCUUACUGGAUUAUCACAACCACAUCCGGGCCAGUGUGCACCCACCUGCGGCCAACAUGGAGUAUAUGGUCUGGGACGAGCGGCUGGCCAGGUCUGCCGAGGCCUGGGCCACCCAGUGCAUCUGGGCCCAUGGGCCCUCACAGCUGAUGAGAUACGUGGGCCAGAACCUCUCCAUCCAUUCUGGCCGGUACCGCUCGGUGGUGGAUCUCGUGAAGUCUUGGUCUGAGGAAAGGCGCCAUUACUCAUUUCCGGCCCCCAGGGACUGUCAGCCGCACUGCCCCUGGCGGUGCAGUGGCCCUGUCUGCUCCCACUAUACCCAGAUGGUGUGGGCUUCCUCCAAUCGGCUAGGCUGUGCCAUCCACACCUGUGGUAGUAUCAACGUCUGGGGCAACACCUGGCAUCAGGCGGUGUACUUGGUCUGCAACUAUGCCAUUAAGGGGAACUGGAUCGGCGAGGCACCAUACAAGAUGGGGAGGCCAUGUUCUGCUUGCCCUCCGAGUUACCAAGGUACCUGCAGUAGCAACAUGUGCUUCUCUGGACUCAAAUCCAAUAGGCUUCUGUGGUUUUAAAUUUUCCCUGGGCCCCGGUGGUGCCUCUGGCCCUCCCCCAAAGACUUCUUCCCCAAAGACCAGGUGAAAGAAUAAUUGUUUUUUUUUUAAAGGACUUUAUUGGGCUCACACCACCGAUCUGAAUUUUUCCUUCCUGGUUCCUUCCAUUCCCGAAAUGUCAGCAUGUGCCAGAAGAAAAUAACCUCCUGGCCUUCUGUCUUUCUUCUUACAGCUUUCUUCUCUCUGGCUUCCGGGAAAGAGGCUUGUCUCUUUCAUUGACUAGGUGCUCAGAGUCAGAGCUGGAUGGAGCUGUAGGGUGACAGCAGUUUUAUGACUCUCAGGUCCCAAACCCACAAGUCUUUGUCCAACCAGUGAAGGGUAUUUAUUAAGCAAUCUUUAGCCUGAAACCCACUUUCCUUUAUCCACUAACAGCCAAACGUGGAGGACUUGUGGUUUGUUCCCUGAGUUGAGAACAUUUCAGGCCCAAGCUUUUAAAAAAAUAAUAAUUUAAAUUGACUUGUAGACAGACCAUUCCCACUGCAUGUUACUGGGGCUACUCCAGGGCUCAGGUUCCCCUUUUACAGAUGGGUAUACUGAGGCUCAGCAGAGGGGUGUGAUCUACUGAUAGCUACACAGCUUGUGCCAGCAGCACCCAGGUCAGAGCUCAGGCCCAGACAUACCCUUUCUGAGGGCCAGGACUGCGAGUGCAAAAUCAAAGUUGGCCCGAGGGAAAUGUCCUCUGGGCCUGUCUUUUUCUCUUUUUAUCACUCCAUUGAGCCUAUCCGUCUCUCUCUCCUCCACAUCCCUGGAGGAUCUCAUUCUCAUUCCCAUAAACCAUUUCCUCUCUCUCCACCCCACCACACCCAGAUAUCAUGACACACAAAAGUCCUUUUGUUUCCAGAGAUAGUAAAAUCUCCCCCUCAGACCUUGCCCUCCAGCUGGGGCCCACUCCCUGCCUGGCCAGAGAGCACACCAUUCAAAGACCUGGAUGGAAAACCAGCCCCUUUCCCUGGAGUUCCUACACCAAGCUGGAUGGAAUGAAUUUCUCUUCCCUCUCAGUCAUUCCCACCUAGGCCAUAA